AUGCAUAUUGAACAGCCACGGGCUGUCCAAAAUUGGCGACCUGCAUCAGCAGAGCCUAGUGACCAGUCAGCCAGCCAGCCAGUGUUUGCCAUGGACCAACAGAUGUCGGGCACUAGAGGGUCAGUCAAAAUCAAGAUUGGCCUUCUCCACAUGGAGAACAACGGCAUAUUCAAGCUCGCCGCCGAGUACCGAGACGCAAGCGUGCUGCAUACCGACAUACGUCAUCAGCGCCGCGACACGCACCCGCAAGAUCGGGACUAUUUCCAGGCGCUUCCGUACCCCAAGUGCUUUGGGGAACUUGCCAUUUGCUUUGCUAGAAUGAAUACACCCACUGAUGAUUUUUCAAUGCCAUUGGACCUCCAGGCCGUGGCAAAUCGUCUCGAGGAAGUCACACCUGAAGCUCAGUUUCGCAACGAAGCCACGCACUCGUCAAAAUGGUUCUGCUCGAUCGAGCACAGCGCCCUCACUACGAAGACAAUCACCGAACGCCGCUCGACCAUCAAAAACAGCGACUAUUGGAAACAAGAGGCAAUUCAUUACAAAACUGUUUUUGCCAAUGUGGUAUUUGAUAUACUCCUAGAGCAAUGCACGACGGACAGCACGACCAGCAGCGAUAGCGCCAACUGCAUUGAUUGGCAAAAAAUGACAGACCUCUACAAGCGACGUUUUGCGCGUCAGGGCCUUGAUGCAGAAGAGUUUGAGAAACACCGCCGCUCUAUAGAGACUGAAGAAUAUUGGAGGCACGAGGCGGAGAGUCUCAAGAGCUUCGCCGGAGUAGACGAGGAGAACCUGUAUGCUCGGCUUCGGGCACCAGCAGCCAAUCGCCGGCACAAAGUCAAUUCGCCUGAAACUAAGGGACUGCGUCCAUCUCAGAGGACCCGACGUUCACGAGGGGGGAAACGUAACAACACCAAACGGCGGCGCUAA